UCGACCACCACUGCAUGUUCUUGGGCAGUUGGCCAGGCUCCUUGUGAGCCAUCUUGGGCAUUUGGAGGGUGAGGGAAGAGUGCAGGAGCUAAUCUUAUCCUUCAAAGAGAAGCAAUGGCUGGCUUAUCAUUGGACCACCCCUGGGCUUUCACCUUUGGAAUCCUAGGGAACAUCAUCUCAUUCAUGGUGUAUCUAGCUCCACUGCCAACGUUCUAUAGGGUCUACAAGAAGAAAUCGACCGAAGGGUUUCAGUCGGUGCCGUACGUGGUUGCACUAUUCAGUGCCAUGCUGUGGAUAUACUAUGCAUUCAUCAAGGCUGAUGCUUAUCUUCUAGUCACAAUUAACUCAAUUGGAUGCGUCAUCGAGACCAUGUACAUCGUCAUGUAUCUCAGUUAUGCUCCGAAGAAAGCUAGGAUCUUUACUGCCCAGGUUCUUCUACUUCUAAACGUGGGGCUAUUCGGGUUAAUAGUUCUUGUCACUCUCAUGGUAGCGAAGGGUCCGGAACGAGUUCAUGUUCUUGGAUGGGUCUGUGUGAGUUUCUCUAUCAGCGUCUUCGUAGCUCCUUUAAGCAUCAUCAGGCUAGUGAUACGAACAAAGAGUGUAGAAUUCAUGCCCUUCUGGCUAUCGUUCUUUCUCACAAUGAGUGCCAUCGCUUGGUUUUCAUACGGUCUGCUGACAAAAGACAUAUAUGUAGCGCUACCAAACAUACUGGGUUUUAUCUUUGGAGUCGUCCAAAUGGGAAUCUACAUAGCCUACAAGGGUACUGAGAAGGUUGCAUAUGAUCAUCAGAAGGUAGCUGAACACAUCAUAACAAUCACAAAGGUAGGCACAAGCGAGAGGACCUCGGAGGUCCAUCCCAUCGAUGUGAUCGGCUCACCAGCUGUCCAUGGUGAAGAGAAUGCUGACAAAGAGGGUCAAGAGCGGCAUGAACCAACCAAUGAUGGCGACAUGGAAAACAUGGAAGGCCAGAAGGAGAUUGAGAUGAACCAGCUCGAGGUUUGAUAGCACAUGCAACCCUCAUGGGACAAAAGACUUGAGUGCACACUCUUUCUCUUGGCUGGAACCUCUCAAGUCUAUUCAGUCCAUUUCUUAGCUUAUGACAUCCUUCCGAACGCUAGAUGCUACAGAAAGAAAGAGACAGAGAGAGAGAGAGAGAGAGUUAUAGUCUUUUAUAUAUAUUAGUUGUUUACGUUGAUUGUAAUGUGGUUUUCUUUGUUAACAAAGCUUGUGUAAGGGAGAAUGGAAGGCUUUUUCCGUAA